AAAAAAUUUAGAAAAAUCAAUAGCAAGGUUUGGAUGUCAAAUUAAAAAAAUAACAACCCACGGUGCAUUUCAAACAUCCUAAAAAGCAUCACUCCAAAUACAAAACAAACACGGUUGUUUUACAUGCUAUAGGUCUUUCCAAGAUCGCCAGCAAGAGAGCAGAAAAUAUAAAAUUAACUUUAUAUAGAGGAAGAGAAUCUAAUCAUUUUUGGAGAUAAAGCAAAAUUACUCCAUAUAACCCAAUUUUCUGAAGGAAGUGGUUCUCGUUGCCAUCCACCGCAAUCACCACUUUCCAAUUGCCAUUGUAAAUCAUCGUUGCUUCAAAAUUCUCAUCCCUCACUGCAUCUGCACUCAUGCCCCGUCCACCGCAACCUAAAUUUUCGACGAUAGCCUCGUCGCUGCACCCCGUCGUUGUCUCUCCUUCCCUUUACAGUUUGGACAUUAUGCUAGACUUUCUAAUAAAGGGAGCUCUCACAUUUUCAUACCCGUUGGUUUCAACUUAUCUGGAAUAUAGGCUCUUUAGCAAAGGUUUAGCUCAAUUUCUUAGGGAAUCAGAAGAUAGGAUUUUGGAGAGUAGCCAACCACCACUUCUAAAUGGAACUACUAGAAUAUCUGGGAAUGCUAAAAUAGACAGGGAUGAAGGGUGGAGAUGCGCGCAAAGUGAGAGGCUCUAUGGCAGAGAAGAGGAAGGACAGACGGAAUCUGCAAACAAGGCUUUCAUGGAUUCAGCACUAAAAUUGGAGUUCGAAAAAACUCAAUCACACUCCACAGAUGGAAAAAUAGACCAGGAGAGUAUGAAGCAGUUUAAUCAAGUAAUUAAGGACAACCUCAACCUCUUCCGGAAAUCCAUGGCUAACACAAAGUUCUUACAUGCUCUAAACAAGGGACAAAUACUCGGUUACUCAGAGGAAGUUGUUCGGGUAACUAGAGAGACAAUGAAGAGCUUUGAAUACAUAGAUGCGGCAGUAGUUCAAGGAGCGAAAUACCUGGUCUACCUUGCUUAUGCCAACGAGGAUAUGGUAGCUGUUGUAACGCCCCAAAACAUACCCUAGAAUUAUUAAUAAGAUAAUUAUUCCAUUAAUCAAAUUUGUUUUGAUUAAAAUAAAUUAUUGUUGGGCUUUAGGCCAAAAUAAUAUGUGUUUUAUAUAUACAAUAUUACCAUCAGGAUAAGUCUCAUAGAGAUAAAUCCAAAAUGUUGACUUAUUGUGUGACCUUAAUUGGGAACUUGAGUACAGACCCAAAUCAAGGAUAAAUGAAGAAAUUUGUUUAUG